AUGCGCCUUCGCGACUCCCAAAUCGUCAGCAUUCAAUUGCGGCCAUAUUGCUGUGUGGUUUGUCCUUUUUCAACUAAACGUUCAACUUUCGAGAGACAUUUCUGGUGUCAUCCUUCAAUCAUGACCGACUCAUUAAAGUUUGGUCCCGAGUGGCUCCGAAAUCUAACGCAGGCGUCUGACAGUGGCUCCGGCGGGACAGGAGGAGGAACAGCCAACAUAACGCCUCGGUACCAGCUGGCAGAUUACCGAUACGGCAGGGAGGAGAUGCUGGCCAUGUUUGGCAACAUAAAGCCCUCAGUGCCGGACGGUCUGGACAGCUUCCCGAUGCUCUUCUUAGAAAAGCCAUUGCCACCUCUGGCGCUGAUUCAAAUGACAGAAGAAGAAACAAGAAUGUGGCAAAGGGGAAUAAACAGCGAGGUGGCGGUCCGGACUUCUGGCUACGGACGGGGAUCGGGCCCUGUUCCUAUAGGAGGUCGAGGUCUGCCGUUGCAAAAUUCUUCCAAUUACGGGCCUGUGGUCGGACGGGGACGGGGCGGUCGAUUCAGUAACGGCAGGGGUCGUUUCGAUGAAGACGCACCUCGGGAACCAGGAGGCGGCUUUCCAAUCAACAAUUACGCAUCCAGAGGCCGAUUCGAAAGAUCAGUUAGUGGCCAAGAACGGACUUGGAAUGACAAGGCCGAAAACGGGGUUGAGUGGAGUGGAGGCUCUGUUAGUCCCCGUCGAGAGCUAAAACCGUUCUUCGGGAAGCCGCCUAUUGACAAUUGGAGAAACAACAGCAUCGAGGGAGGGGAGGACGGACCUCCUGUAAGACGACCAAGCGGAUCUGGAAUGAAGUGGAACCGAGCUAGUAGUUGGCGCGACGCAGGAGGCAAGGAGCGGGAGGAUUGGCACGGAGAGGGUGAUCACGGAAAGGACUACAAGUAUCAUGACACACAAGAGAACGACAAGGACAGUACCAGUGAAAAACGAUAUAGCAUUGAUCCCAGUUUCAAGAUUCUUGACGCAAUCAAAGAGGUGAAGGAAAUAUCGCAUCGCAAAGAAAUGCUUACCAAAGAGCUGGAUGAUUUGGACAAAAAAGUGAAAUAUUAUGAGGAGCAGGAAAAGUCAGGAUCUUGCCAGAUUGUGGACUAUGCGGAGAGUUUUACCAAAAAGCAUUCGAUUCAGAGUGACAUCAAAAAGCUGGGAGAGAUAGAGGAAGCGCUAAUCGAGAAAAUCAAACUGCACCUGUCACAGAAUCCCAGAGCGGCCGAAAUGGAUCCUGGAGAGGGUCACUUCAGAAGGCAUCACGAUGGCGAUCUUCCCGAGUGGGCAACUAGCAAUCCCACGGAGGAAGGUGGCUCUUUCGACGACAGUGGGGCAUUCCACGGAGGGGUGUUCUUCUGUGAAGAUGGCUCCGAGGGAGGAUGUUCACCCAUGGCAGGAAAAAUCAGCACAGAACCCAGUCCUGAACGACUAUCUGAAGGCCACAAGAACGCUAAAAACAGGCAGGAGGAGGAAAAACGAGAGGAAGUGAAGCAGCCAAAGCAAGUGUCCCACGUGAAACCCAUCAUCCCCAAGUACGAACAGCAGCAGGAGAGCAUCAAGAAGCAGCCGAACAGAAGCGAACAGCCUGCGAACAUUUUGCCUCUGAUCAUGGGUGAGAAGAGCAAUGAAAAGUGGCCUGAGAAAUUGGUUGAUGAUGUUGUAAAAGACGAUAUGGGUAAAGAAGACAAUGUUCGACCCACCGGCAAAGAGGGCUUUUGGUUCUACCUCGAUCCGCAGGGCUUUGAGCAGGGCAAGUUUUCUUCAGAGCAAAUGCUCGCCUGGACCAAAAGUGGCUUCUUCCCUCCCAAUCUGAAGGUCCGCAGGGACAGUGAGGGUUAUUUCUCAGAAAUUUGUAGAUUCCCGGAAAUCUGGGAGCAGGCGAGUUUACCUGCCACCGUACAAGAGCCUAUUCGUAAUGAGUUGCCCCAUAUCCCAACCCCUUUGAGUGCUGCAGCAGGAAACAGCGGGAACCCGGCGAGCAAAAUAGUCAAUAACUCAAGCCAUAAUAUCCAGACUGAAUUUAUCUUGCGUCAAUUUGAGGAGGUCGAAAGGGUAAGGCUUGACAGGUUAUCCUUUGAGCCCGAGGAUGGUUAUUUAUCACCAGAUGAAAGUUUCGAGUCCAGGAAUUUUGAUAAGCAAAUGAUUUGGAAUGAACUCAAGAAGGAAAAGGAGAGGAGGGAAAUGCACAAAGGACUUGGUGGCACCUUCAGCAAUUACCUUCCACUGGACCCCUCCACUUACCCUAGCCUAAAACCAACCACUGCCUGGAUAAGCCAAUGGAUGCAAAAGCAAUUCGCCAAAUUGGCCAGCGGCAAGAAGCGCUUUUUGCCGGAGGAGAAGGAGAUGCUAAUUUUGUUCAAGAUGCAUGAAAAGAAACUCGAACUGGACAAGAAGGAGAAGGUCAUGCGGGUCAUGCCAAACGUUGCCCCCGGUGAUUCGUGGCACCUUCCCACAGUUCCUAGUGUGCCUGACUCGCUCUGGGGCUCUGAGCCUGCGGCGCAGCCCACCUCGAGGCUUGUUGAGUCGUUGUGGGGGGAUCUGGAUCCCAUUCCACUGCCGCAGUCGGUGCCAUCGUCCAUGUGGGGUCUGGCCAACAGCAAUGGCAUUCCGCAUCCGAGGCAGCAGUUCAGUGGCACCUUUGACAAGGUAGAGGCGGACGCCCUCGAGCUGGAAAAACUGGCAGCCGAGGCCACAAGUCGAAGGGAAAAUCACAGGCGGGAGGAGAAUUUGCGUAUCCAAAAGGAGAUUGAGGCUGCAAAGAAGGCUAUUGAGAUGAAGAGGCUUGAGGAGGAGAAGAAAUUGCAGGAAGAGGCUGAAAAACAAAGACAAGAAAUGAUUGCCAGGCAGAUAGAGAUGGAAAAGGAAAGGAUUCGACUUGAACAGGAAAUGCAGAAAAAGAAAAUGGAGGAGGAAGCUGCGAUGAGACAAAGGGAGAUGGAAAGAAAAUUGGCCGAGGAAGAGGAAAGGAGGCGAGAGCAUGAGGAGAAGGAGAGGAAGAAAGCUAAAAAGGCACAAGAGGAAGCGCUCAAGAAACAGCAGCAGCAGGCAGCUGCUCGGAAGAAAGAGUUGGAAAUGCAGAGUGUACAGCAGGUGGAGGCGCAGAUGAAGCAGCAAAAACAGGAGCAAAUGAAAAGGCUGAAGGAGCAGCAAAAACAACAGGAGCUGCUCAAGCAGCAGCAGCAGCAACAGGAAUUGCAAAGGCAGCUCGAUAUCCAGCGGCAGCAGGAGCUCCGGAAACAACAGGAGAUCAUGCUCGAGCAGCAGAGGAAAAAGGAGGCCAAGGCGGCCGGAGCGGCCAAGGCCGCAAAGACGGCCCCUUGGCUCCAACAGGCCGCCACUAUGAAGAACUCGGUGACCAGCCUGGCUGAAAUCCAAAAACUGCAGAAGGAGGAGACGCAGAGGGAAAUCGCUGCCGUGCAGGAGCAGCGCAGCAAAAUGCAGCAAAGUCUGUUCGUGGAGGAGCCGAGCCGGCCGUGGGAAGCUUCUGCACAAAAGGUCUCACAGACCAUGCUCAACUUGCAGCAAAUUCAGGAGGAACAAAAGAAGAGUAGAAUUGACACCUCGACCUACAGUGCUCCUCCGAUGCCAAUUCCUAUGCCAAUCUCAAAUCCUGUGAGCAACACCUGGAAUUCAGCAUGGUCUCAAGCUCCAACCCAGACUGUUGGCAUCUGGGGUCAGAGCGCGACCUCUAAGGUCAUCGCCAAGCCUGUCCAUUCCACUCAGCCUGCGCCACAGGCGCCGGCGCCAAUGCCUGCCAGCAUUUGGAACGCAGACCCUGAGCCAGUUCAAUCAGCACCCCCGGCAGCUCAAAAGACAACUGCGGCUGCCGCCUCAGCAGCCAAAAAGAAGCCCGCAAAGAACAAGUCCAAGAAAGAAGAGGCGCAAGUCAUGAAGAUCUUUGAGUCAAAGUCCUUCUCGGAUGACUUCACGGCGUGGUGCGUUCAAUCCUUAAGUGCCCUUGAUUCGGACGUCGAAAUCGACAUCCCCACGUUUGUGAGCUUCCUGAAAGAUAUUGAGUCUCCGUUUGACAUCAACGACUAUGUGCGUUCGUACCUAGGCAACGGCCAAGAAGCGAGAGAGUUUGCCAAGAAUUUCAUCGAGAAGCGGUCCAAGUGGCGCAACUCUCAGAGGAGGGCUAUUGCCGAGGACGACAUGUGCAAACCUGCCCCGGCGGUCAACCCUAAUGAUAGCGAUUUCCUUGAAGUCAAGGGCAAGGCUAAAAAAAUCAAGAAGAAGCCAAUGAUGAAGGUGGACAGUCGCAUUCUGGGCUUCAACGUCACCGCAGCUCCGGACAGACUCAACGUGGGCGACCGCGACUAUGGCGAAUAGUGAUUUGAAAGACUUUUCCAAGAGACUCAUAACCAAUAAUCGCUUUCAGUCAACCACAAUAACAAUUAACCUUUCUCUCUCUAUCAAAAAUCAAAAGAAACAAAUCCGAGCAGUAUUAUUACUUAAUGCGCGAAAGUCUCAUAAUUUAUUGAAUUGCAUUGCGUUGAACUUUUUGAUUCCAUUCCUUAAAGACUUAUAUAUGAUUGAACCCUCCUGCCUCUGACAAGAGAACAAUAUAAUUUGCACGCGGCCGGAUAAAAUAAAGUAUGUAGCCACAUGAGCCACGGGUGAACAAACGACUGAAACACUUACCACGCACGGACGCUUCGUCUUGUGCUCGAACUUUGGAAAAUUGUAUUUUGAAAGAAAAAAAAGAAGCAAAGAAAUUUGAGAAUCAUCUGCAAAAUGAUAAUUGCUCCUUGUACAAAAUGAUAUUUAUAGUACGUUGAAAACAAACUGCAAUAAAUUUUAUUUCCAACUA